ACCAGCGUCAGGAAGUGUUCUCAGGAAGUAGUUUGCUGCCCUGUUUGAGUGACAGCUGUGCGGCGGUGACAGCCCACACCGGGACGGCGGCCCCGCAGAGCCGAGCCGAGACUCAAGAUGGCAGGUCUAUCUUUAUACUUUGAAGAUGGCCAUGAUGAUUUGGAUGACUUUGGUUUUGAUGACUAUGGUUCAGAGUGUGACGGCAUCCGCAUCACAGCCUUUCUUGACGCAGGACAAGACAACUUAACUCCUCUUGGGAGGCUAGAGAAGUAUGCCUUCAGUGAGAAUGUUUUCAACAGGCAGAUCGUGGCUCGUGGCCUGCUUGAUGUGCUUCGAGAAUUCAGUGACAACGAAAAUGACUUUAUCAGUGUCAUGGAGACAGUUGCCAGAAUGUCAGAAGAUGGAGAGCCCACAGUGCGAGCUGAACUGAUGGAGCAGGUCCCCAACAUUGCCAUGUUUUUACACGAGAGUCGGCCCAACUUCCCAGCAGCUUUCUCAAGAUACUUGGUACCAAUUGUGGUCCGGUAUCUCACUGAUCCAAAUAACCAGGUGCGGAAGACCAGCCAGGCAGCGCUGCUCGUUCUGUUGGAGCAGGGCCUCAUCUCUAAAGCUGACAUGGAGACCAAAGUUUGUCCGGUUCUGCUGGACCUCACAGAACCCAGCAGUGACGAUGACUACAAAAUAGAGGCUGUUGCUAUCAUGUGUAAAGUUGUCACCAUGCUGAGCAAAGACACAGUGGAGCAUCUACUGCUGCCGCGUUUCUGUGACCUGUGCAGUGAUGCUAGGCUCUUCCAAGUCCGCAAGGUCUGUGCCGCAAAUUUUGGAGAGUUUUGUUCUAUCGUGGGUCAGGAGGCCACAGAAAAACUACUGAUGCCCAAGUUCUUCGAUCUGUGCUCAGACAGCCUGUGGGGCAUCAGGAAAGCUUGCGCUGAGUGCUUCAUGAUGGUCUCAAAUUCCACCUCUCCAGAGGUGCGACGUGCAAAACUGUCCCCCCUGUUCAUCAGCCUCAUCAGUGACCAGUCCCGCUGGGUGCGCCAGGCUGCCUUUCAGUCUCUGGGACGCUUCAUCUCCACCUUUGCCAACCCCUCCAGCACAGGCCUUCACUUCAGAGAGGAUGGCGCCCUACUAGAGGUCCCCAGGUGUACGUCGGAAGGCGACUGCUCCCUAAACUCCCUGAACUGCUCCAACAUCAGCGGCUGCCACACAGAAAGAACCAUCGCUCACACACCUCCCAACCAGGAUGGCCGUGCCACACCGUCCCCAGAACACGUGUCAGCAGCUGACAGCGAAGACAUGCACAGCUUUGAUGACAACCACGCCUCUGUUCUUGGAGAGAUGCAUGAUGGUUUCACCCGCACCGUCUCAAACAGCAACGUCAGCCCUACAACUACAAACAACGCUAAGAACACAAAAGAGACAGAGCAGACAGAUGAAAACUUUAAUUCUUUCCACUACUGGAGGUCUCCUUUACCUGACAUCAGUGGGGAGCUGGAGAUGCUAAGUUGUCAGACACCUGAGGAUGAGACAGAGAAGGAGGAGCAGAAGGAGAAAGAGGAGGAGGAGGAGAAACCUGAAGAUAGUUGUUCAGAGCCCAAGUCCAGUCAUGGCAAAGCUACGAGCGACCAGAUCCAGAAGGUUUUGGACUGUUUGCAACCACACAUGGAUGACCCUGAUGUACAAGCUCAAGUCCAGGUGUUGUCAGCAGCUCUGAAGGCAGCCCAGCUCGACAGCCCAACAGACAACAGCCCAACUGAACCCCAGUCAGAAGUCCAGCCUGAGAGCAACACUGAGAGUCUGCCUGUGGAGAGCAAAUCUGUGGAGGUUCAGUCAGAGAGUGAGGAGAGCACCGCAGAAGAGGAGCAAACAAUGGAAACUCCUCCAGCUUUGGAGUCGAGCCCCGUCCAGGAGCAAGGGGACGAAGAGACGCAGACGGAGCCCCAGGAGCCUCAGGAGCCCCAGGAACCCCAGGAGGACCAGGAAGAGUCUCCUCCUGACUUCCCUGUUCUGGAGUCUGAACUGAUUGAGAGUGUGGAGGAGGAGGGAAAGGAAGACUCAGCUCACAGCCCAGUGUCUGAGGAUAAGCCUAAGAUCCAGAAUGUCAUCCCCCAGCAGCUGUUGGAUCAGUACCUCUCCAUGACGGACCCGGUCCGGGCCCAGACGGUGGAUACAGAAAUAGCCAAACACUGUGCCUUCAGCCUGCCGGGGGUCGCUCUUACUUUGGGACGACAGAACUGGCAUUGCCUCAAGGACACAUAUGAAACUCUUGCUACUGAUGUGCAGUGGAAGGUGCGGCGUACGCUGGCUUUCUCCAUCCAUGAGCUGGCGGUUAUCCUGGGAGACCAGCUGACGGCGGCUGAUCUGGUCCCCAUCUUCAAUGGUUUCCUCAAAGACCUGGACGAGGUCCGCAUUGGCGUGCUCAAACACUUGUAUGACUUCCUUAAGCUGCUGCACGCAGACAAGAGGAGAGAGUAUCUUUACCAGCUGCAGGAGUUCAUGGUGACGGACAACAGUCGCAACUGGAGAUUCAGAUACGAGCUGGCAGAGCAGCUGAUCUUGAUCAUAGAGUUGUACAGCCACUACGACGUGUAUGACUACCUCAGACAGAUAGCACUCACCCUCUGCUCUGACAAGGUCUCAGAGGUCAGGUGGAUCUCAUACAAACUGGUUGUUGAGAUCCUCCAGAAGCUGUACACAUGUGGUGCUGAUGACCUGGGCCUGAACUUCAUCAACGAGCUCACCAUGAGGUUCUGCCACUGUCCCAAGUGGGUGGGGAGGCAGGCCUUUGCCUUCAUCUGCCAGGCCAUAGUGGAGGAGGACUGCAUGCCCAUGGAGCAGUUCAGCCAGCACCUCCUGCCCAGCCUGCUCAGCCUCUCCUCAGACCCGGUGGCUAAUGUCCGCGUACUGGUGGCCAAGGCUCUACGACAGAGUGUCAUGGAGAAAGCCUACUUCAAGGAGCCGGGCUGCGCCUACUCCGAUGAGCUGGAAGAGACUGUAAUGGCUCUGCAGUCCGACAAGGACCGGGACGUCCGCUUCUUUGCCAGCCUGGACCCCAACAAAGGCUUGAUGGACACGGCUCCUUUGAUCUAGCCUCAGCGCCCAGCUCCUGUUACAGCCCACCUGCCUGUCUACCUACCUGUCUGUCUGACUGACGCACAGUCAGCGUAACCUGCAACACCAGCACCUGACCAGAUCCCCAACCACUCGCCUGCUGGGCAGACCUGCACCAACGACCACUUGAGAAUCAUGUCAUAUGUUCAGAUCACAAUAUAAAAGUAUGAGCAUGCUCAGACAAACACAACCCAGUCUCUGGUUGGGCACUACAUAGCGCACAUUACAUUCACAACACAAAAUGCAUACUCAGAGUUUUCAGGAAAUGAGCAGGACUCAGAGGUCGGCUGCACCACUUUGUUGGAGCUGCCGUAUUUUCACCUGAACUUUUUCUCACUCUCCACAUUAAUGACAUUGACUCGAUCCUUCCCCAGUCACAGACUUGUAAGACUACGACGGGCUCUUUCUCUCCAAAGCUAACUGUAAGCUUGAUAUAAAAUUGCUGAAUUGAUCAUUUUUUUUAAUUCCUUAAUGCUUCUUUUUUUGUGGAUUUCUUAACGAACAAGCAGGCGAGGCCUGCCUGACUCUGACGUGUGCACUAACUCAGGGGGACUCAUCUGAACCUAAACAGCAUUAUUAGCUUACAUGAUAAGCAGCAGCUCCUGGAUCCCUGGUGAAAAAAAAACUACAGCUGUCUGAGCAACAGACCAGCCACACCAAGUAGCUCUGCUGGUGUCUCUC